ACAAAACUACAUCUUAAAAACUCACAUUCACUACGAAGGUUGCCUGUGAAAAAGUUCGAAAAGAAAAAAAGAAAAGAAAAAACCUUGCAUACUGCCCUUCGCCGGCGUGAAAUCGGAGGAGUAUUGGACUCGAAGGUUUUCGACUAUCGAAAAUGGCGAAUCUCCCCCAGUCCCUUUCCAUGAAUGCUGCGUUUGGAGGUCCUGGUCCAUCCAUCCCUGGUGCCACCGGAGCUCCACCGAACAAGGAGCGAAAAAUGGCUUCUUCAGAGCAAUUGGUGCUCGAUCUCAGCAAUCCCGAUCUCCGGGAGAACGCUCUUCUUGAACUGUCGAAGAAGAGGGAGUUGUUUCAAGAUUUGGCUCCAUUGUUGUGGAACUCUUUUGGAACGAUUGCUGCAUUACUGCAAGAGAUUGUAUCGAUAUAUCCCGUUCUUUCACCCCCUAAUCUAACCCCUGCGCAAUCAAAUAGAGUUUGCAAUGCUCUUGCUCUUCUUCAGUGUGUAGCCUCUCACUCAGAUACAAGGAUGUUGUUUCUCAAUGCUCACAUACCGCUGUAUUUGUAUCCUUUUCUUAACACAACUAGCAAGUCAAGACCCUUUGAGUACUUGCGCCUUACUAGCUUAGGUGUCAUUGGUGCAUUAGUGAAGGUAGAUGAUACAGAAGUAAUAAGUUUUCUUCUGUCAACUGAAAUAAUUCCUCUAUGCUUGCGUACCAUGGAAAUGGGAAGUGAGUUGUCAAAAACAGUUGCAACAUUUAUUGUGCAGAAGAUUUUGCUGGAUGAUGUGGGGUUGGAUUAUAUUUGUACUACAGCUGAGCGAUUUUUCGCUGUUGGUCGGGUUCUGGGGAAUAUGGUAGCAGCUCUUGCUGAACAGCCCUCCUCUCGGCUAUUGAAACACAUAAUUCGUUGUUAUCUUCGAUUGUCUGAUAACCCAAAGGCUUGUGAUGCCUUGAGGAGCUGUCUUCCAGACAUGUUGAGGGAUGCUACUUUCAAUAGCUGCCUUCGGGAGGAUCCAACCACUAGGAGGUGGCUGCAACAGUUGCUACACAAUGUAGGAAUGAGUAGGGUUCCAGCACUUCAGGCUGGAGCUGGAUUUGAUCACAUGAUGGUGAACUAAACCUGAAUCCCAAGUCUUUGUAGUACUUUAGGAGAUUUCUUUUAUGAUAGGUCUUAGCCAUGAAACCUCCCUCGUAUCAAUUCAAGUGCGUGACUUACCAAACAUCUUGAGAACAUCAAGCAUUUGUUCGAAUCUUUGGUGGGUUCUAAGUAGCUCUUUGGUUUCCUACGACCCUCCGAAUAUUAGUUUUUCCAUAUUCGCCUCAACAUUUGUUCCCUCUCAACAAUCCAUUCUCAUAAUCGUUGGGAUUUGUCUCUUCUUACAAUGCCAACUGAAGGAAAUGGUAGAGACAUGAAUGGAAUUUCAAAGACGAGAUCGAACCCCCCACCUCGAGGAAUAGAUGUCAUGAGAUUCAUUUCUCUUAACCAAUGCAUUCGUCGUGUAUUUUUUAGUGUAAUGAAAGCAUAAAUAGCUUUGAUUGGAAUAGGGUUCGUAGGUUUUUCUUUCCAUUAGUUCACUUGGGUUGGGUAGAGUCUACCUGGUUGAUCGUCCAACGACAUGGUGGUUUCAGUGAAUUGAUGCCUAUGAAUUUUUUAAAUCAUUGAAAUUCUCUUUCCAUCAGUC